GUUAUUAUUUGUGUCCCAGACCAGGAUGAAGUCAGUCCUGUUUUGCUUCCUUUUCUGUUGCUGGAAGGCAAUUUGCUGUAGUAGCUGUGAGCUGACCAACAUUACCAUUGCAGUGGAGAAAGCAGAGUGCCGCUUUUGCAUCAGCAUCAACACCACUUGGUGUGCUGGCUAUUGUUUCACCAAGGAUCUUGUGUUUAAGGACCCAGCAAGGCCCAACAUCCAGAAGACAUGCACAUUCAAGGAGCUGGUAUAUGAGACAGUGAGGGUGCCUGGUUGUGCUAAGCAAGCUGAUUCUCUGUACACAUACCCAGUGGCCACUGAAUGUCACUGUGGCAAGUGUGACAGUGAUAGCACUGACUGCACUGUACGAGGUCUUGGGCCCAGCUACUGCUCCUUCAGUGAAGUGAAAGAGUAAAGAAGAGUGGACAUUCCAAGCACCUACUCAUGUC